AUGAAGGACAGCCUUAUAAUGGACGAGAACGAUGAAGCGCGGAAGUGUGAAAGUGUGUGCAGGUCGGGGACUCCCUCAGAAGUUCUGGCAAUCAAGGGGGCAGGGCCUUUUAAAAGAGCCAGUGAUGGAAGUAGAAGUAGGAACAUAGGUGGAAGCAGGAAUAGCAGUGGAAGCAGAAAUAGCAGUGGAAGAAGAAACAGCGGUGGAAGUAGCAGCCGCAGUGGCAACCGGGGCAGUAAGGGGAGUCGCUCGAACAAACCUUUCGUGGACGAACCCGACAAAAUGUAUGACAAGAGCGUAACGGUGGAAUAUAAUAGCGAUAAUGACCGCUCCUGUGAGAGAAAUAAGUAUAAGGAGUUCUCUAAGCAGAGCACUCUAAAUGUGAAUAAUAACGAUGAGGAAAACGCGACGGAUUGUUCCUUUGAGUCUAGCAAUUCCUGCGCCGAAAGGGAAGGGAAAGGCUACGAUGACAUGUGCAGGAGAGCAUGCAAAGGGGAUGGCGAACAAAGUCGAGAACGCCAAUCCAGCGCAGAUGAUAUAAUUAGCCACAAUGCAUUGGAAAAAAACGAAGUGAAUAUGUGCAUAAUGAACGAGGUAGCCACAUGCCAAGGGAACAAAAGUGAAAAUGACAAGAAGAGAGAACCGGAGGAAGGGAAUCCCCUCAAGUUUGAUACAAACGGCUCAGUUUUGCGCGAAGAAAAGGAAAGGAAUAUCCGCAACGUAUCAGAAAGGUAUGAGGAUAGCUCGGGCAACAAUCUAGACAUGAAUUGGAACAAGUCUCAAAUAAAGACAUGCAUUAGAAUUAAGCCGCUGGAUUCUGCGGGGAACAAUCUGGAAAAUGUAAUCACGCAAAGAGGGUCAAACAAAAUAUUAAUUAAUUACGGAAUGCCGAGUGAAAAUAAGAAGUGUGAAUUUGUCGUGGAUAGAAUUUUCAAUGAAGGCAGCACGCAAUCGGACAUAUGGAAGAGCAUUUGUUUUUGCAUAGAUUCUGUCUUCCGCUUUAAGAAUGCAACUGUGUUCGCGCAUGGCCAUACGGGGACGGGGAAAACGUACACCAUGAUUGGUCCAGACGUCAUGGAGCUAAUUAAGAGGAAGAAGAGAAAAAUCCGCCACUCCGCAAGGCGCACGCAGCCGAUCGAGUUGUUGCUCAACACGAACAGUUUGAGGCUUCCAAAUGGUGGUGGCGGCAGUGCAAAUAGUAACGGUAACGGCAACCCACACAGCAACAACAGCAGUAACAACUUUUUGUGCGAGAGGAAGAGGUCCUGCUCGCAGCCGAUCUUUAACUUCCCUCCGAGAGUAAUCCCCCUGGUGAAUGGAAACUAUUGCAGUUAUAACAAAAGGUACGACUCGCCCUGCAGCGCGCAGUGUAACGCGGCGCACACGUCUGCGAACGGUGCAGGGAAUAGUGUCAUGAACAGUAUCGUGAGCAGUGUCGUGAACAGCAGCGCGAACACCAGGGCGAACAGCAGAGCGAACAGCUCCACAAACAUCGCGCCAAACGGACCCCUCAAUGCUAGGUACCAUCACAAGUCGAAUGCGGAGUGCAUGAGUGAGAGCAGCUAUUAUGGGAAGUACGAGAACUGCAAAACGUUUUCGGAGUAUCGAAUGGAGUAUAAGCCUAAUGUGAAGGAUCUGCAGGACGAAAUUCGGCUGAUUUUGAAUUCAGACAGGAAGGGGAUGAUUCCCAGGGCGUGCGAGGAAAUAAUGAGCAGGUUGUCCCUGCACAGGGGGGUUGGCCGCGAGGCAGAGGCGGAGGCGCACCAAGGGGAGAGGGCCCCCAGGGGGAGCCGUGAUCAAAGCGGUGAUGGGGGCGGCCAUCUAAAAGGCCAUAUAAAUGGAGAAAUAAAUGGAGAUAUGAAUGGCCAUCUACGUGGCGGACGAAGCGGUGCCCUUAGCGGGGCCCGCGACACCCACGCGGAGAAAACGAAGGAGGUUUUUAAAAACGUGAAGGUGUACGCCUCUUACCUGCAACUGUAUAACGAUAGAAUAUUUGACCUGCUAAAUCCGUUCACGGAACCGCAGCCCUAUUUGAGCACUCAAAAGUCUAAGCUUUCCAACAACGCCACGUUUGUGUCUGGUUUGCUAACGGUGGAGGUAGCCAGCUGCGAAGAGCUGAUAGAGCUCCUGAUAGAUGGCACAAGCAACAGAGCAUGCAGAAUCACCAAAACGAAUGAAAUGUCAACCAGGUCCCAUUCGAUAUUUAAAGUGGAGUUACGACAUGUUAAUCAUUCGAAACCUGAGUGUUUUAGGUCAGCCAAUUUGUUGUUAAUUGACUUGGCUGGAAAUGAAAAGUAUGCAGCGUCUAAUGAAAAACUGUAUACCACAGAAGUUUGUUCUAUUAAUAGGAGUUUAUCUGCUCUGUCCCUGUGCAUUAACGAGCUGUCUAAGGGAAAUAAAAACAUCAGCUACCGAAACUCCAUUUUGACCAGACUGCUUCAGGAUUCUUUGGGAGGGUCCAGCAAAACUGUUUUUAUAUGCACCAUAUCUUCAUGCAUGAAAAACGUCCGUGACACACUGUCCUCGUUGAAGCUAGUUUCGAGGGCAAAGAAGAUACAGGUCGAGAGCAGGGGAAGCAAUGCCUAUGUGUAUGAGGAGGAUAUACGAAGACUGCAAAAGGAGUUGUUCUUUUUGAGGAAGUUUGUCUUUUUUCAGUACAUUACGAAUAAGUAUGAAAGUAGGAAGAGGCUACGGAAGAUGAAGGAGUUUUAUUUUGGCAGUUCGUUGGGUCGGGGCGAGUCAGACUUUGGGGGGGAUAGCGGUGGUAGUGGAGAGGUGGUCCCUGGGAAAGAUCUGUGCGUCGGUUGGGGGGGUAGGAGCGUUCCGAAUGAUACCAUGCAGAAGGGCAUCCCCGGCGAGGAGGAAUCCAACCAAGAUGACGCUAGCAAAGUGGAGCCGAAUGAGUAUGCAGCUACUUACGCCGGAAUGAAAAGCAUCUACAACGAGUACGAACGGAAGUCCUUCAACUCAUUGCUGUACCAGUGGAACUUGAACAAGGCUAGCAUUAGGAGGGUAAGGGAGCCGCCGCUGACGCCGCUGACUCUGCUGACUCCGCUAACGCCGCUAAACGGAGUGAGUAGCAAAAGGAGCCCUUGGUUCCACGGCAAUGGGGAUGUGAACAAGAAAAACGUCAUGAACUUCAUCGAAACGCACACCAUAGAGUAUGAGGUCGACAGUGAUGAGGACCUGUUCGGCGGGGGCAGCAGACAGGGGGAGGAAGAAGCAGACGAGGAAGAAGAAGUGGAAGAAGAAGAAGCAGACGGGGGAGAAUACGCCGAAGAGGCUGGUGGGUGUAACGGAAAGGAUCACAAUAGGGAUGGCAGUGACGGGAGAGAGGAUGCAGGCAGGUAUUGCAACGUGGAUGGGGAUUACGAGAACGGGGGCUCCGACGGUGAGGAAACAGACAAACAGGGUGACCUCUGCGCUGAUGAGGCAUACCCGAACGGGGAAAUGGUGAAAGGGAAAAAAAAAAGUGUGGAAGUAUACCCUCCUCGUGAAAGUAGUAAGAGAGCCACUUUGGAAGAAGCAUGCAAGGAGAGAGCCAUGGGUGGAUAUGAAAGAGGGGGAGAUGUCAUGGCAAAGGAGGGGUCUUCCAAUUGGGUUCAUGCCAAAAGGGGGGAAAAAGAAGAUACAAGUGUUAGGGCUUCGAAAGGGGAGGAUGGAAAGGCCGACACAAUACAGAUACCCUGUAGUGACAGGGAAUUAAACUGCGCGAGUGAGAAGGCGAGAGAAGCAACUGACCUUAGUGCAACUGCUAAGAAGUUAAAAAAAUGGAGGGUAGACAAAAAUGAUGGCCUUUUGGUCCCAGCGGAAGAGGCAGUAUCUGCAUGGAAUGCCCCAAACAGAGAGACAAUUCAGAAGAAGGCAAAGAUCGUGAGUGCAAGCAGGAAUGAGGCGAACCCAAAAAGGGGCCGGCGCCGAAAGGCAGGAACGAAGUCAUUUUUCUUCAAUUUUGCGAUGCAUAUUAACAAGAGAAAGGGCACUAGCGGUAUCUUCAAACACAGAGCAGAGGAACAGAACCAGAGGAGUGGGUCUGAACUAAAGAGGAGGAAGGGAAAGAUCGGCAAGUUUGCAAAGGUGAAGAAGCAGGGACGUCGCUGCAACACCUGCAGCAAUGGUGGAGAUGCUGCUUUGAACUCAAAUGGGAAGGGGGAUUACUCCCGAAGGAAGAGGUAUGCCGAGUUGGUAAACUCUCGCAAAUCGGCUAACUCGCUGGCGGUGAGUAACGGCUCUAAUUUGGCUCCAUCGGGUGGUGUCAUUGCGGCGUUCAGCUCGGAGGGAAGCGCCGGUAGUAGUGCACGCGGUGGGAAGAUCGGACAAGCUAGUGGCACAAGUGGUAGCGCUCCAAUAGAUGGAAGAAGCCUCUCAAAGAAGAAGGGAGAUCACGCAAAGGGGGAAGAUGAUGGGCAAGCAAAGCCAAAGUUCUCUAUCAAGGGUAUCCAGGUUGGCAAAAAGUCCUCCUCUAAUGAGACACUAUACGCAAAGGGGCGUGGCAAUGGUGAACGGGGAAGACCAGCCUUUGCGUCCGACCUAGGGCAUCUACUCCAGUUAGGCGACUCAAAGAGGAAGCAGCAUUACGUUAACAAUGUAGGGAUAAACAACAUGGUGAUAAAUAGGAUUAACAUUUUCCCCAAUUCUAAGGUAGUGAGGAAUUGCAAUGAGGUCACGGGUGGGGUGGAAAAUAAAGACACGUCAAGUUUGAAGGGUGAAGAGGGCUGCAGCGGGGUGGGAAAAAGAUCACUUUUUGCGGGUGAAGGACAUGGUCAUGUGAGUGAUGGGAAGGAUGGCAAUAGGGAGCAUGCCGACAGGGGCAGAUCGGUCAGUGAGAACUGCUGCUUCAGUAACUGGAAAAAUAAAACUAUUAUAGGCCAAAACAGCAAGGGGAAGUUUGCCUACUAUAUUGAGUUUAACAAGAUGAAUGAUGUGAGGAAGUGCAUCAUGGAGGGGCGCACAGCAGGAGGGGGUGCAAAGGGGAAGAGCGAUUUGGCCGUGCGCAAUGGGGGGGAAGGUUGCCUCGAGGAGACCAGCGCCGGGGUGAAGAAAAAUGGGAAGAAGUGUUUGAUUUCCCAAGUUGAGGAAAGCUGGCUGAACUUUGAGAAAAAGUUAGAAACGAAAUUGGGGGAGGAAAAGAAAGGAGUUGCGAGUGGGUGCGGGGGAGGAGGUGGAAGAGCGGGCAGCAGCGUUGUGGGAACUGCCUACACGGUGGGCACCGCCAACACAGUGGAUAUGUCCCAUUAUAAGCGGGACGGCGAAAUGAGCGCCCUGGAGGAAAACAGGAAAAAGCUAGACACGUUAAAAAACCGCUACGAGAAGAUCCUGGCUGAGACACAAAAAAGGGAUUCUAGAGACGCCUUUUGUUUGAGUCACUCUGCCGGGGAUGCAGGCACAGGGAAGGGUAUAGGUGGAGGUGGAAAUGGGACUGCCGCCCCAACUAGUGGUAAUAACACCACCGCAUCGGUGCGUAACGGGAGAUGUUUGCAUGAUAUGCAGAGGAAGGCAGCUGAGAUGAAGAAGGCUGCUCUGUUUGGGGCUGACGAGCAGGUCACUCCCAUCCACGUGAGCAGGAGUGGUGUAGCAUUUAACGGAACAAAUGACAUGUUAAGGGAGGAGAGGCACACAUGUGAGGACGCCAAAGGGGUAGGAAUGAGGUCUAAUUUGGAUAGCCUGGUCAGCAGUGCGUAUAAUAUUCAAGAUAUGAUAAAGGCGUCUUAUCGAGAGAAAAAGGGGCGAUUCUUCCUCCGCAGCCAUUUUAGCGGUGCGAAUUCGGGCGGGGAAAAACAUCACAGAGGGGAUCCGGUAAGUAGCUUCCACGGUUUGAAGAAUCGCCAUGAAGAGAAGCACCAGGUGGAGAAGCGUAUUGCAAAGAAUUACCAUGCUGAGAAGCACCUUGCAGAGAAGCACCGCACAGAUGGAGCUGACCGGAAAGGGGCGCCCGCGGCUAACCCCGUUGGCAGGAUGGUAUAUCUUCCAAAUGGGGAGGAACUAUAUUGGCGAAAGAAGCACUCUGCGGGGGCCGAGCAGGUGAACCUAAAUGGGCGUUUGAUUUAUGCCAAGGGGAAUAAACCCAUGGUUGCCUCCACUUAUACGAAUGGUAAUGAUAAAGCUAGGGGGGUGGAAAAGCACAGGAACAACUGGCAGCACCAUCUCGCUAGCGUGAACACUGUAGAGGCGUACGGCAGUGCACCCAAUGUAGGGUUAGAAAGGAAGACGUCCAAAAAUGGAGCAGUCAGUAACUGCCUACUGUUGGCCACGCAGGGGGAUGCGGCCAGUUGGGAAGGGCACCCUAGCGGAGUGUUAUCACACCGGAGAGAUAAGCCGAACGGGGUGGAUGGAGGAAGGGAAUCACAUCAAAUAGGGCAGGACAAACUAAAGGGGGAAAGACACAGUGCGAAUAAGUUUGAAGAAAAAUAUUUUCUGCAUGGACGUCUGCACCCUGAGCAUCUACCUUCGAGGGACAAUUCGAUGCAUGUCAGCGGCCAUUAUCAAAGUAGGAAAAUGCACAAGGCCAAUUUGUUUGCCCCGAGCGGAGUUAGCAGCAACUAUGAGGGGUAUGCCAUUCGGGAAGGUGAAAAGAUGGGGAAUGGCCAUUAUGCCAAUGGGCAUGGAACACAUAGGGAGGGCCUCCAGGUUGAUCAUCUGAACAGCGUCAUACCGUACCGAAGUAAAUCCAUAAUCAAUGGGAAGAUAAAAAAGGUGAAUUACUGUGGUAGCGGGAUGCACUCUGGUAAGUUUGUUGUUAGGAGUGGCUUUGCCUAUGGUGAGAGAACUACGAAGGAUGAGCCGAUCCCCCAAGUGCGCUUCCAAGAUGUUAAUAGGAACGAAAUUAGCCAAUUCAGGGUGAUACAGAGAGGUGGAGGGCUGUGUGCCGGAGGGGUGUACGGUUCCGGCGCACGCAGAUGA